UAAAUAUUUACCUGUAUUAUUUAUAUUUAUACAACGGAGUAUGUUUUUCCAUGUUUAAGUUCGUCAUCAUCAUAGGAAUCCAGGAGUACGAUCAUUUGUACUGAACACAGUCAAUCGAAAAUUGGAAAAUCGUCGAAGAAAUUACGGAAAGAUAGAAUAGAUUACAUUUAUUUCAAGUUUCGAUUACAAUCCUCCCAUAUUUGUGUCACUCGCCGGUCUAUAGCGUCGCACUGCAACCGCAGUUUCGAGGGUUCCGGCGGUUCAUGGCGGAGCUUGCUAAGGCCUCCGAUGUUUACGCCCCCCAAACGCUUCAAGUCUGGCGGUCGCUCCUCAACUGGUUGACGUUCUUCUUCCAGAUCUCCCUUCAGAUCAUCAGAGGCACGCCGUCGUUGACUCGGUUGUUCUUCUCCUCCAUCUUCUCUUCUCCUCCGCAGUUCAAGCCUCUCCCGGUUGUUGAGCUUCCCGAAUCUCAGGAGCACGUGGAAGAGGCGCCGCCACCCCCCUCUGCCUCAGUUUCUGCUUCACAAGUCGAUUCCGGAGUUGUUUUCAAUGGCCACGAAGAGCUUCGUCUUCCUAGACUCACGGUCGUUCUUGACCUGGAUGAAACGUUGGUUUGUGCUUAUGAGACGUCAAGCUUGCCUCCUGUAAUACGCUCUUUGGCAACAGAGGCUGGGUUGCAGUGGUUUGAACUGGAGUGCAUAUCUUCAGAGAAGGGAUGUGAUGGAAAAUCAAAAAUCAACUAUGUCACAGUGUUUGAACGACCUGGAUUACAUCAAUUCCUAAAACAACUUAGCGAGUUUGCUGACCUUGUGUUGUUCACUGCAGGGCUUGAAGGCUAUGCAAGGCCCCUAGUUGAUAAAAUAGAUACUGAAAAUCGAUUUAUCCAUAGACUUUACAGGCCUUCUACGACUAGGACGGAAUAUAGAGAGCAUGUGAAGGAUCUAUUUGGCAUAUCAAAAGAUUUAUGCCGAAUUGUUAUCGUUGACAAUAACCCUUUCAGUUUUUUACUACAACCUCUAAAUGGGAUUCCAUGCAUUCCAUUUUCUCCUGGACAACCCCAUGACGAGCAGCUUUUACAAGUUAUACUUCCCCUUCUCAAGCACCUCUCUCUACAGACGGAUGUUAGGCCAGUGCUUCAUGAAAGGUUUCAUAUGCCUGAAUGGUUUCAAACCCACGGAAUCCCUGCUUCUGGAUUGAUAAAUGCGACAGGAUGACAUGAGAUUUUGUUCUUGCAUGCAAAGUUAUUUAGUAUCUCAUGUCACAUGCAAUACAUAUAUAUAGUGAUGGUCUUGUGUAAACCAUGUUUAUAGCUGGACAUAUUCCAAUAUCAUUGAGAUCUUCUGUCUUGUUUGUGAGUUUGGUGUAAAAAAGGCGAAUAAGUUAUAAUUAUUCAUUCUAAAAAUAGUUAUGUGAUCUUCUGUUGGAUUAAAACCGACAUGAAGACAUAAUUUAGUUUAUCACUUGGGCAUUU